UACUUUAUUUAUUAUCGUUUUGGUUUAAACGAAACUUUAUUUACUGUUUUGCAAUUUUGUCUAAACACAGAAAAACAUGAAACACCCUUACCAUUGGAGACUUUCUACUGUAAUAAGCGUUGUGAUUUUAAAUCUAUUGUUAUUGUGGGGUAUCCAAAAAAUGCUACGGUUCGACUUCAUCCCUCGGCAGCAGUCUUCAAACAGUGAGUCCACACGCAUGAGUGCAGCGGGUAAAAACAAGCCUCUGCUUUUGUAUUGGGGAAAUACUUACGAAGACGCUGGGCUGAACAUUGAAUGCUCGGUGACUUACGAUCAAAGCAGAUUACCUGACGCAGAUGCCGUGAUUUUUCACUUCGAUAAAAUUAGAAAACGGGACAUGCCUUGGAAGAAUUAUAGGGAUAAACACCAAAUAUUUAUAUGGUGGUGCGCCGAAGCUCCAGCCAUUUUCGGUCGCAAUGCUUUACGUGAGUUCGAUGGUUUCUUCAAUUGGACGUGGACUUAUAAGCGAGAUGCAGAUGUACAAAGGUUGUAUGGGUCCCGGAGAGAAAUAUUGAAUUUUGUCACAAAAGGAAAUCAAGCAGUUGAUAAAAUAAUUUCUCACAAAAAGAAAAUGGCGCUUUGGGGAGUUAGUCAUUGCGGUGGGUCAGUGGGUGCAAACAAACGAAUGGAAUAUUUUAAGUCACUUGUCGCAGCCGGGUUGGACAUUAAAAGGUUCGGAGGUUGCUUUCAUUUUACUGAACACAUCCCACGAUCGUUUCCCGCUAACUUUGAACCGAGGUGGAGAGAAUAUAAGUUUUACUUUGCAUUCGAGAACGCGUUACAUUGUACCGACUAUAUAACGGAGAAGUUCUGGGACAAUGCAUUAAGGAACGACAUGGUUCCAGUGGUUUGGGGUCCGACAAAAGACGACGUGUUGUCGGUUGCUCCGCUCGAUUCCUUCAUUCACACCGACGACUUCGAUAGCCCAGCAAAGCUCGCUGAGUAUUUGCAAUUCCUCGAUAAAAACGACGAUGAGUACAGAAAAUACUUCCGCUGGAGGGAAGACGAGAGCAUGACUGAUGAAAAGAUGAUUGAAAUGACAAAAGAAAGACACCCGCACAUACACGUGCAAGGGAGUUCAAAAGACCUUUGCAGGAAAUUAAUAGAAAAUAAAGAAACAAAAAUUAUUCAUUCUUUAACGGACGAAUUUAUAAAUUCUGAACCGCAGGAAUGUGUGGUAUAGUAGGGUGGGGCAACAUGGUACAUGCUUCAAUUCUCUUUUAUUGUUACAUUUGUUGAAAAACAAAGAACAUUUACAGAAUAACCGUUGUCCUGUGACUCGAAAAUACCGCUGUUGAUUAGUUAAAACACCAUCGGAAAAUAUUAAUUUUAGUGCUAUUGGUACUCAGGCGUUAUAAGACGUUUGUCCAAGACACAUAUAUAUUCGCAAUGGCGACGUCAUAGAAUAUAUUUGUUUUUGCACGUACUACAUAUAUUGCUUUCCUACGUUAUUUCAGUCAUUUAAAUUUGGCUUAUGUUAUUUAACAUAACAAAUAUAAUACAGUGGGGUGGGGGAAGAUGGGACACCUUUAGCACAUAAUAUCCAAAUAUCCUGAUCGUAUUUUAAACAAUUAACAACGGUCUAUGGGAUGUUAUAACGAUUGUUGUUGCCUGCCAUGCAAGGAUAAAUAAGUUACAUAUUCUCAUAAAAUUUUAUCUGUAUAAAGACAGCCCUUGCCAAGAAAUGUUUGAAUCAAAUUUUCAGCUGUUAUGAACGUGCAAUGGAAAAACCAAACUGCCGUAAGUUACCACAUUUUAUGUUAUAGUCGUUCACACAUUAUUUGUGACUUUUAUUUUAGAAACCUUUCAUCAGGUUCCCAACUGCAUUAUACAACCUCGUAAGUGAUGUUUUGAUAUGAGUAUUGUCCUAACCUAAUUACAAGCUUCAAUAAUAUAGGCUUUAUUAGACUGCAUCUGCAAACGCACACAACGUUAAAUACACAAAGCGCACAAUAUUUAUAACGUAAUUCUAAGGUACUACAUUCAUACUCAACAACCUUCGCAUAAUACAGUGAACACUGCAGCACGAUAAGUCUAACACAAGGAAAGAAGGACACGCGGCGGCAAGGCAACCUCGGGCAACAAUGCAUAGAGCGCGUAAGGCGCGAUAAGUCUACAGUGAGCAGACACGAUAAACAGUUUACAAGUAUCUUUAUAUACUAGUGCAGUUUCGACAAGUUGGUUGAUACGGGUUAAAUAUUUAUAACCGAGAUAAUAAACGAUCACUUAUAUAACAACUAUCACCAAGUAUUUAUCGGCGUUAAGUUGCACACACAGCACCUGCCUCCGCCCAACAUGGGUUCUGGCGUAUACGAUACUGCAAUUGUGGGCGUAUGUGUCCUUUAGGCAAGUUACUCAACAUCAAUCGCUUUAACACAGUGCUCGCUUUUAGGUUGCUUAAAUUGUCAGCACUACAUAUAAAAUCUCAAAAAAUUACUAUUUACAAACCUAUACGUGCGUGAUGGUAAGCGGGCACGAGAACAGAACGCUAAUUUUAUAACGACUGUUGUUGUCCAGUCACACGGCGAUGAAUAACCAUCUUUCAUUUGCAUAAAGAUUAACUUAUUCUUUUCAAAGGAUUAAUCCCGUUGGAAAUCCAAAGGAUUGGAAGCCGGGAGGAAUUGUUGUUGCGUUCAUUGGCAUGCAAUAGAUGCGAUAACGAUACUAGAUGUUCUACUAUCAAGCCGCUGAUAACUUGCCUACGUGGAUGUUCUUUACCUAUAUCAGCAUCUGCAUCCGAGUGCAACCAAUUCGGUGGAUGUUCUGGCGCAUGUAUGGCUUCUAUGUAAUGGCUUCUAUUCAACGACCAUCAGCCAGAUGUGGAACCG